AUGACCAUUCAUGCACAGUGCAAGGUGUAUCUGAUGGAUGCCUUCCAUGGGCUGGAGAGUUUAAGUCCCAUGUGGGUUCAAACAAACAAGUUUGUGAGCAAACUUACAGAAGUCAUGGAACAACAUCCUGAGGGUGUUAAUGUCUUAGAUUAUCUUCGGAAGGAAGCAGCCUCAGAUAAAGCGUAUUCCAGGAUGAAGUUCGCAGAGAGGUGA